CAAGAAUCCCGGCUAUAUGUAAACAAAAAUUAAGCCGGUUGGCGGUUGCUACCGUUGCUACUCGUACGCGUAAACGUUUUACAAAAUUUCUUGUUCAAAUUUAAGACAAAUUAGAAAAAAAAAAUCGUCGCGUUUAUGUUAUGUGUAAAAAAUAACAGAACCAAAAUAUGCCCAAGCAUAAGCAUCGUAAAAUCUGCAUUAUCCGACAGCAGUCGGAUCGUUUGCCAGCGGCAUCGUCCACCGUCCGUCAGAUUGGCAUCAAAAUUAGCUGCCCUAACCCGCUGUUUGAACGAUGGCUCCAGGAGAUGCUGACUAAGGCAGAGGACAAGGAUUCGAUGAGUCGUAUACCGUUGCAGAAAGCGCUGGCAUCUUUGCGACGAUAUCCGCUUCCGAUUGCUUCCGGCCGAGAUUGUUUCAUGCUUACCGAUUUCGGCAAGACUAUCUGUGAGGCUUUGGAAAAACGGUGGCGGGUCUAUCUGAAGAAUGGUGGCGAAAUUAGGACGGCGUUGAUGCAUGAUCAGCAAGUCGAAAAGUUGUUGAAUGACGAGAGCCUAGAGUUCUACCGAAGUUUGAUUGGCGAGGUACACGGUGAAGGUGACAAAGAACAGUUAACAGAUGCUGAGCAGUUUGAGAUACCGGAUGAUUCCAUAUUCGAAAAUUUGGAUGUUCUUGACCAGCAGUAUGUUACGAUAUCGAAUCCGGAAGCGAUUUUGCUUGUUGAUACCCAAGAAACGAUCGGUAAGUCAAGAAGUAAUCUUGACCGAACGCUGAAUGAACUGGGACAGCAUCAGGUGAGAUACGAGGUUCGACGUUUAAGCGUAGGCGAUUUUCUGUGGAUUGUUUGGGAUGACGGAGGGAAGGAAUUUAUUCUUCCUUACAUAGUAGAAAGGAAAAGAAUGGAUGAUCUUGCUAGCAGCAUUAAGGACGGUCGGUUUCAUGAGCAAAAGUUUCGAUUGAAACAAUGUGGGUUGGCCAACAUAAUCUAUUUGAUUGAGCACUUGGGCAAUAAUCGCCAAGUUGGUGUUCCUGCCAGUACACUUUCGCAGGCAGCUUUGAAUACGCUCGUUCAAGAUUUUGCCGUAAAGUAUACGGAAAAUCAUCAGCACACUGUACUGUAUCUAUCGGUAAUGACAAAGUUAUUAAACAAAAAUAUAAAGGAUAAACAGUUUUGGAAUAUCACUAAUUUACCGCAGGAAACUAUCAAAGCUGCGGCUUCGGAUUUUAGUCUCAAACACCGAACAAUUCCGUUAAUUUCGUUCGAAAUAUUCAAUAAACAGUCGUUAAAAAACCGCGAAUGUACUGUUAGAGAAAUAUUCAUGAAACAGUUGCUUCAAAUCAAGCUGCUAACGAUAGAGAAAGUAAAUGCUAUCGUGGAACGGUAUCCAACUGCGAAAAGGCUUUAUCUCGCCUACGACAAGUGCACCAGCGAGGAGGAGAAGGAGCGCAUGUUGAACCUGCCAUAUGGACCAGCGAAAAGGACUAUCGGAUUGAAGUUAAGCAAAAUCGUCUAUCAGCUAUUCACGAGCGACGUUUAUCAGCGUUGAGGCAAUUUUGUUUUCUCUCUUGACGUCACAAUAUCAGCCCAUGAAAUUGCCUGCAGAACUCAUCAUUUGCAGCGAAAGAAGUCUACUGUGAAGUAAUCUGAAAGUUCCUGUUACCGAUGGUAUAUACGAAGGGUCACGUGCACAGGGACUGUCAAGGACAACAAUGAUAACACCACUUUUCACUUAUGCCAUUUUCUGUGAUCUACGCUAGUUUAUAUAUAUUUGAGUGGUUUGCAUCUCGCAGGGAACGAAACGGAUUUGAUACAUAGGUAUUGGUAUAUACACGAUUGAAGUUUAGUGAAUACAGCAAAUUAAAAGCAUUCUCCGCUGGUUGGAACUAA